GUUCAAGAGAUACUAAACUUGCUUUAUGGAGAGUAAGGGAUGAUGCUUUUAAUCAAAGUGGUGAAGAACCUCUCCCAAAGUAUCACAUAGUGCAUCCAUUAACCAUAAAGUCCUGUAAAAGUGCAGACAAAGUUAGAGCUCUUCUCUUCAAUGAUCAUUGUCAUGAACUGGUUGCUUUAUCUUUGAAUGCCUACCUUCAUUUAUGGGACAUUAGUACUUUUAGACAGAAAACUUCCAGGAAGCUUCUGUUCUCUCAGGAAAAUGUCUGUUUAGCACAACAGCAAGAAAAGGGUAUCUAUGUUGUUGGUUCUCGGGCUCAUACUUCAUUUUUUGACAACCGCACGUUGCGUCUCAUAAAAAGUAUUCCAUCCAAACAGGAAAGAGUUAGUAUUCGUUCACUCAGCUUUCUUGGUGACCUUCUUACUAUAGGGACAGGGAUUGGAGAAAUUCAUUUUUAUGACCUCCGUGCAUCUGACUACUUAAAACAAGUGGAUUCCAGUCAUCAGGCAUUUCUCAGUACUUCAAAAAGCUGGGUGUAUCCCGAUGAACUGAUUUUCCAAGAAUAUCUAAUGAAUUGGGAACAUAACACUGCCAUCUACACCCAUUGUUAUGACACAUCUGGAACUCGACUUUUUGCAGCAGGUGGUCCAUUACCAGCCAGCCUUCAAGGCAGCUAUGCAGGAAUUUGGCAGUGACAGAUGUGUUUUAGUUUGGCUUUAACACUGGAUUCAUACAACAUAUAAUUCUAUAUCAUCAUGAAAUUAUCAUGACUUGGUUUAAUGAAUAAAAUGAAUCUUCAGUUUGUUUCUUGAAGCUUUUCAUACAGAUAAUGUAUAUGUUAAUUUCCAAUUCUCUGUGAAUGCUUUAUUACAAAUUGAUUUUAAGCCAGUUAUUGUUGUGUUAGCUAAGGCUUACCGAAAGAGUGCAUGGAAUCUGAUAAAUUUUAGUCAUUCAUGUUUUUAUUGAUACAAGUGUAAGUAAUUAUAAUGACUUGUUUAUAGGUGGAAUCUCAAGUUGCGAUUAUAAAUAGUUAUUUUGAUAGUUGUUUUUGUUUGAAUGAUACAGCAAAAAAGCAAUUAGUAUUUAUCAAGAUGUAUAUAUGAUGCAUGAUUUUCAAUGAACAUCUUUUGUAAAUAGAUGUAUUCAUAGAAAUAGAUUAACAUGUGUAUAAUACAAAAUGUAAAAAACAGGCUAGUAUUAGUGAAGUAUUACAUGAAAGAUUUGAAGGUCAUAUUGCAGUGAUGUUUUACUGUAGUUUUCUUUUUACACUUGGUGAAUGUUUCGUGUACUGUAUUGAGUAAUUCUGCAAUUUGUAAUUUUUUUUCCAGUUUUUAUAAUUAUAAGAUAAAAAAAGUUGGUUGAGUUUGACCAGCUUUAAAAAUGUAAUAGUAUUGUCUCAAAAAUCUUGAUAUAGCUUUGAGAAAAAUUAAUUUCUGACAAACUGUUCUGUUAAAAUAAUGUUUUAAGAUUUCAAUUCCUGUCAAAAAUAUAAUUAUAAUGGAUAAAGUAAUAUAAAAAAUUAAAUGCAAUAAAACGUGCACUUUUGUAUUUUAACAUUUUUUAAACAAGUUUGACCAGAAAUACUAUUUGUUGUAUUUACACUAAUGAAAUUUAUACAAAGAAGAAAAAAAGGAGAGAUGCUAGUUAGAUGGGCUGAUAUGUUUUCAAAGGAGUUCAUGAUCUUUAAACAUGACAUUUAUGUUUUACUGUCAAAGGGUGUUAGACUAGGUAAAAUUAGAUAUUUAAAUUAUCAUAAAAUUUGCAUUAUCAAGUUAAAUUAAAAACUAUUUUCUGAAACUUCAACUGGAUUCAGUUGAAUAAGUAGACCAUUUUGUGUUAAAAGGAAGAACUAGCAUUAACAUGUGGAGUUAGGCCCCAAAACGAAUUGCUGUAUAUUGAUGCUAGUGUGGAAGUAAAUGUAUUCAUUCAUAUGUUACCAAGUUUUGAUUAAUCUCUGUGCAGUGAGCUAAGAAUGAUAGGUGUGUACCUUUUCAUCGUAGUUGGUGCUAUGACAAUGGGUAAUUAUAUUUAUAUUGUUCUCUGUACAUACUUUAAUAUAGCCAAGUUCAUUAUACAAGAUGUCUCUCUCUACAUUAGGAGUUCGUGAUGGGUGUAAACAUUUUAAUUUUGUCCAAAAAGCCUCAUAGUCUAAUUUAUUUACCCUUUUUUUUGCACAAUGCAGCAAAAUCACGAAAAAUGGAUUUUGUAGCAUUUUUCAGCAGCUUGCAAGAGAGAAACCGCAUGAUAGGAAAACAAUAAUUCUCCAAAAAUAUCUUUGAUAUCUCAGUAUCAGUUUCUGAAAGUAUAAAUAAAGUCAGUGAAGAGUGAGGGGUUGAGCAUUCUGUUUUUUUUUUAACACAAGUCUGUGUUUGUAUGGAUCUUGACAUACAGAUGAUUAUAGUAACUUGUAUUCAAGCCUUCUAUGUUAUUGAUUAUUAUUAUUACUGUGAUUUUAUGUUCUCAAAAGGUGGUUUUAAACACCUGAAAUGUUAAAAAAUUAAUUAAUUAUGAAAAAGUAUACAUAUGAUGGAGAUGAGUUCCUUAUAAUAUAAAAAGUGCAUAAUUUAUACAAAAUUCUUUCUUUUACAGUAUUAGUUUGACCUUUUACUUUUUACCCUUGUAUUAUUCAAAUUCCACUUCAAAUAGGUAAUUUGAAAAAAAAAAGGUGAAAAUUUAUAUGCUUAUCAUUCAUUGCCUUGUGUUUAAACAGAUUAGUGAAAACUUUGGAAUUUGAAAAAAAAAGGUGGAAAGUUAUAUGCUUAUCAUUCAUUGCCUGGUGUCUAAACAAAUUAGUGAAAACUUUGUAAUUUGAAAAAAAAAGUUGGAAAGUUAUAUGCUUAUCAUUCAUUGCCUGGUAUUUAAACAAAUUAGUGAAAACUUUGUAAUUUGAAAAAAAAAGGUGGAAAGUUAUAUGCUUAUCAUUCAUUGCCUGGUGUGUAAAAAAAAUUAGUGAAAACUUUGUGAUGUAUGAACAAUUAAAUUUGCUUUCAAUGUAGAAUCAAUUCAUUAAAAUAUUUUUGGGGGCUCAAUCUCUGUAGCUUAAUACUAGUUCCUUUUUUCUCUCACCAAAAUGAGUAUUUCAAUGUCCAUUAUUUAUAUUACUAUUGUUAUUGGGAAAUUUCCUACAAACUUGUAUGGUCUGACUAAAAAGGAAACUGGAAUUUUGUUAGCAUGAAGUAGACUGUCAUAUUGAAGUUUCAUCUGAAUAAAAUUAAAUGUAUCACUA